AUGAACAAAUCAAUGGAAAUAGAGUUCAUUCUGCUUGGACUGACAAAUGACCCUCUCUUGCAAAUUGUGAUUUUCCUGUUUCUGUUCUUCAACUACAUCUUGAGUCUGAUGGGGAACUUAAUCAUCAUCCUUCUCACCAUGCUGGAUCCUCAUCUCAAGACACCAAUGUAUUUCUUCCUUCGAAAUUUUUCCUUCUUAGAGGUUUCAUUCACAACCAUAUGCAUUCCACGAUUCUUGAUAAGCAUUCUAACUGGAAACAAAACAAUUUCCUACAAUGGUUGUGCAACUCAGUUAUUUUUCUUUCUUUUGUUAGGCGUUACAGAGUUUUACCUUUUGGCUGCCGUGUCCUAUGACCGAUAUGUUGCCAUCUGCAAACCCUUGCAUUACCCAAUCAUUAUGAACAGUAAAAUGUGCUAUCAGCUUGUACUCAGCUCCUGGGUAACUGGCUUCCUCAUCAUAUUUCCCCCUUUGGUCUUGGGACUCAAGCUGGAUUUCUGUGCUUCCAAAACUAUUAAUCACUUCCUCUGUGACACUUCUCCUAUCCUGCAGCUCUCUUGCACAGAUACACGUUUCAUAGAACUUAUGGCUUUUAUCUUAGCUGUCGUGACACUUGUGGUCACUUUGUUGUUAGUGAGUCUGUCUUACACAUACAUCAUCAAAACCAUUCUAAAAUUCCCAUCUGUUCAACAACGAGCAAAGGCCUUUUCCACCUGUUCCUCACACAUGGUUGUUGUCUCUAUUACUUACGGUAGCUGUAUGUUUAUGUAUAUGAAACCAUCAGCAAAGGAAAGAGUGGCUUUAACUAAAGGUGUAGCUGUACUCAACACCUCUGUUGCUCCUUUACUAAACCCCUUCAUUUACACCCUAAGGAAUCAGCAGGUGAAAGAAGCUCUCAAGGAUAUGCUUCAAAGGUUUUGUUAUUUUCAAAACAAUGACACAAAAUUUGGAUAUAAAUAA